AUGGAUGAAUGGAAAAGCAAUAAAACGGAGGUGUUGAAUUUGGUGGCCGAAGAUGUUACUCCGACGGAUGGUUUCUCAACAAAACCCAAAUAUCGACCAAGAAAGCACUUCACAAAAUUUCAGCGCACAUUUCCUCAGAAGCAUCCAGUUGUGCAACGACCAUCCAAUCGUGACGACGACGAGUCCAAAGAUGAAGUUCCAGUUGCAAAAGAUAGCCUGACGAAGCACGAUACUGGUGCCUCUGAAAUUAAUCCGGUUACCAUUCAGUUCUUAUUACUUUGA